GAAUCAUAUGCGACAUUAGAAGAAAGAUUUUCUGACGCUCUGAAAGAAUGGUUGAUUGAGAAGCAAUUACUAAAUUAUAAGUUAAACCGAGAAUCAGAAGAAAGACAGCAUCUUGAAUUUUUGUGCGUCGAACUUCAAAAGACCAACCUCACUCCGGAACGAUUGGAGUUAAUUAAGUGCGAUCUUCAACGCGAACUUCAAGGGCAGCAUGACUUGAAGUUGAGAAAGGUUUUAAAGGAAUCGGAACUUGCACGGAAUGAACACAAUAGGACAAUGGAAGAUCUUGAGAAAUUAAAAAUCGCCUAUAAUCAACUUCAAAUAAGUUUCCAAAAUCUCCAUGACAAAGACACCCUAAUUCAAGAAUCAGAUCGUCAAUUCAUAGCUGAAUCUCAUCAAGAGGUUGUAAAUCGUUUAUCCGCUAUUCUUGGAUCAGACACUGAAACACUGCUCAAUCUAUUUCGAGAAAAUUCGCAGAUACGUGCCCAGUGCAAUAUUAUUUUAGAUGAAACACAAAAGUCUAAUCGUCUUUAUGAUACUCAGUUAUCAGAAUUGAAGAAUGAUUUAAUUCAAACGAUUGAUGCAUUAACCAAAGCGCAAUCAGACAGAGCAAUUCUUGAAGAAAAAUGCAAGGUUCUACAAGAAGAGGCGGAAAUGCUGGCAAAUAAUCUUUGUUGUACUCAAACUGAACUGAAGAUUGUCAGCCAAAAAGUUGUUGACGUUGAAAGAGAAAAGUUGAGUAUACAGAAUCGUCUAAUAGAAGAGUGUAAGAUUACCACUAAUCAGUAUUUUAAGGUUGUUGCCUCGUUGCAUUGUCAAAUGCACACCUAUUCAUAUUUGCGUAAUGCGUACAUGCAUAAUUGCUCAAAUCCAUAUUUUAUUUUAGACCUGACCAAUAAAAUGAAGCUGGCAACUACUAGAUAUGAGGAGUCGGAAGCUCACUAUCAGCAGUGUGAGCAAGAGUUCGCCAUAAGAGAGUGGGAUCUUCAGAAGCGCAUCAAGGAUACCACAGAGGCAUCAAAAUGUCGCUCUGUUCAUAUAUUGACCCAGCUUGAACGUGCUCAGCUAAAUCUGAAAGAGUUAAGUGCUCAAUGUAAGAAACUAACAAUGACGCUAUCUGAGGUGACUAAACAAGAAUCUUUUCUUAUCAUUAUACAUAUAAUCGAGCUGAAUUGA